AUGGCAGAUAAGGUUUUGAACACAGAGAAGAGUGCUGUCAAAGACAAGGCCAAAUCGGAGAUGAUGGAGAGCAUGGAAGUGAACCCACAAGAAAAAGAAGAGGUUGAAGCCAACACCUGGCCUGGUCUUAAACCCAAGCCUUGGAGCGUAAUUCCGGCGAAGAAAAAACUGGUGAAGACGAUGAUGGUCGAAUACAUAGGCCAAUCUGUAGUAUCCGCAUUCAAAAACAGCAAGAACAAGCAGAAAAUCACUCCUGGUACUGCUUUGAUAAUUAGGAACUUAUCAUUUGAGCUCCAAUCUGUGAACUCAGUUAGAAAGGGGCGUAAUAUCCAUGACAGUUGCUGUCAGUUGGGCGUUCAGUUUUCAAACCUUGAUGAAUUAAUUACAAGUGAACUACAAUAA